UCUCUUUAAUUUUUGUUUGGUGGUUACAAAGAGGUGAAAAUUCUCCAACUCCAAUUCACCCCCCUCUAGGAGUGCAUUGAAUCAACAAUUAGUAUCAGAGCAAGGGCUCCAAUUUGAAGGUUUAACCAGCUAGGAGUUGAUCGGGGAUGGCUCAAUUUCAAUCUUUUCAACCACUUGAAGGUUUGUCUACCACUAAGCCUCCUUUCUUUGAUGGUACUAAUUAUAAUUAUUGGAAGAAUAGGAUGAAGGGCUUCAUGCUUGCAAAUGUGCCCAAGGCAUGGAUUGUGACUAUGAAAGGUCCAUACGUGCCUAUGAAAGUAGUUGGGGAAAGUGAGGUGCCAAAGGAAGAAGUUGAAUGGAAUGAUGAAGACUUGGUGAAGAUCAUGAUCAACAACAAAGCAAUCAAUAUGCUUCAAUGUGCUCUCAAUCCGACGGAAUUCCAUAGAGUAUCCGGAUGUGAUAUGGCCAAGGAGAUGUGGGACAUGUUGGAGGUAACACAUGAAAGAACAAGCCAAGUGAAGGAGUCAAAAAUCAAUAGACUCAUUUACAUGUAUGAGAUUUUCAAGAUGAAACCGGAGGAGAGCAUUCAAGAUAUGUAUACAAGAUUGAAUGAUAUAGGCACCAAUUUCAAGGAUCUUGGUAAAGUCUAUCCUUCUCAAGAAGUAGUGAGGAAGGUUCUUAGAAGCUUGCCCAAGAAUUGGGAAGCCAAGAAGACCGCAAUUGAAGAGUCCAAGGAUCUCAACACCCUCAAGCUUGAAGAUGUCAUUGGAAAAUUAAUGACAUGAGAUAGAAGUUCAAGUUGAUGGUGGAGUUGAAGUAGUUGAGAAGAAGAAGAAGAAUGUUGCUUUCAACGCUAGCAACUAAAAGGAAGAGAGUGAAGAUGAUGCUAGUAAUGAUGAGUCUAGCAAUGAGGAGGACAUCACCAAAUUGAUUUC